CCACUCAGUGUCGCACUGGAGUCGAUUUUGACCAGUAAUUGGACAUUAGCGACUGGUGGCGACUUUCGAUGUGGGGCCAUAAUUUGGGCCCCGAACUCAAUAUUUACAAAAAUGUCCAAUUAAAGGUAAACAUGUCUAAUUAAACAUGUUGCAUCACAGAUCUGUUCAAUCAGCUUAAUGUUGAUUCAGAUGUAAAUUACUGUACAACCAAAUCAAAACAAAAGCCGAGACACAAAGUCCAGACAAAAACCAAACGAGCCGUCCGUCUCCGUCAAUUAUUCUUUUCUACAAAUCCUGCCGGUCGUUUUCGUUGAACGUAUGCUGCCGGGUCGUUACGUUGCUGGUGUAUGUGAAUGUUUUCAUGAGAAUUGCAUGGUAGAAUCAUUGACGUAUCGUGACGUGCCGGGACGUGAACGUGACGUGUAUGUUGUAUGUGAAUCGCACUUAAAUCAGCGCCAUUCUCUUUGUUUCUCUUUACUGCAAAUAAACAUUGCUUAUCAAAUGCAUUGUGGAUGCAUUUAAAUAAAAAAGUAUUAUUCUACUUGGUUUUUGUGCAAAGAGACCUAGAAUGGACCAAAUUUACAAACCGAAAUGUACCAAUAUAAUAUCUGUCAAAAAGAGCCUACAGGAAUUUCAACAGCAAUUGUUACCGACAGGAUCGGAUAGCAUUCCAGCGACAGAGGAGGAAAUCGCAGGAUGUAUAAAAUUCGACGGCACGAAUAGUCAAUUCAACGACCUGUUGCAAUCUGUGGAUUUAGAGCAUAAUCUUUCGAGUACUAAAGAUUUGCGGGUUGUACCAUUUCAUCCGGCUCGCGUGCAGAAUCUUCAAAAACAGGUUGAUAUCCCAGAGAAAGCGCUCAAAUUCAAUUGUGUGCAAAAUGCCGUCAAAAUUACUGGGAGACUUAGAAAAAAUCUUGAUUCCAAAAUUCGUUACAACAAACAUAAAUAUUCUGUAAUGCCUCGGGAAGAAUCUGAUAUUGAACCUUAUACCGAGAUGUUACUUAAAAUUCGGUUUUAUGAGCCGUUUAAGUACAAACCGGGUAUCCGACUUGGUCAUCCAAAAUUUCACCAAGAAUUCUUCGUGCUGGGAUCACAAGGUUUAUGUGAGCUGAGAGACAAAAUCUAUUGUCAGUGUGAUUUGGGUCCGUUUUACGAUAUCAGCACGAUCCCGAAUGAUGCAAUGAAGUCUCCUGAGCGCGACGAUUCAAAACCUAAUCCUGGUUUCUUUUUUGUUCACGAUACAUUUUACAACGAUACGAGGAACAAGGAAAAUCCCGAUUAUUCCGAGGUGAUUUGUAACUGGGCGGAAAGACAGAAAUACAUCGGACAACUUAAAACCAAAAAGAUGGAAGAGGCCAAAUUCGAGGAUCUCGUUUUCCGAUUGGGCUAUCCACAGGUAUAUCAACAUCACGGAAACUGCGAGCACCUAUUUGUUAUAUCUGAUUGCCAAUUGUUGACCGCUUCCGAUGUGCUAGUACGCAAACGUUACCCGAUCCUGAAUUCUUACGCCUUUCCGCGAUCGAUUCCUUGCAACAUAUGCGGACACUGCGAAGCAAACUUCAUCGUUAAGAAUAGUGAUCAGCAUAUAUUCGAUCCAGCCUAUAUUUGUCAGGUAUGUUUCGAGUCGUAUCACUAUAAAGACGGGAAGAAACUUGGCGAAUUCGAAGCUUUUCGAUUUCUAGGCACCAAAAUUGCUGUUAAAGACGACGAAACUGAAAUUGAAAGUCGCAUUUAAAUAAAAAAAAAUGUAUUUAUUGUA